AUGGUCGCUCAUUCCUCGGACGGGUUAUCCGCCACGGCUCCAGUCACCGGCGGAGAUAAUAUGGUUGACGCUUGCGCGACUCGCGACGAGAAGCCACAACGCGUCGAGCAGGCUUCGCAGCAACUCUCGGAGGAACAAACGGUUCAGCUUCCGACUGUCGACGCGUUCCGUCGAGCCAUCCCGGCUCACUGCUUCGAGCGUGAUCUCGUCACGUCAAUCAGAUACUUGGUGCAGGACUUUGCGGCGCUGGCGCUGCUCUACCUUGCUCUUCCUCUUUUCGAGUACUUCGGAUUGGUCGGAUAUCUUGUGUGGAAUUGCUUGAUGGGAGUCUUCGGAUUCGCUCUCUUCGUUGUUGGACACGAUUGUCUUCACGGAUCGUUCUCUGACAACCAAACAGUCAACGACAUCAUCGGACACAUCGCGUUCGCUCCACUCUUCUCUCCCUACUUUCCAUGGCAAAAGAGUCACAAGCUUCACCACGCCGUAAGUGAGCACCUAUGAAUGCAAGACAAUUCUCUCUUUCAGUUCACCAAUCACAUUGACAAAGACCACGGACACGUGUGGGUCCAGGAUAAGGACUAUGCGAAUUGGCCAUGGUGGAAGAGGAUGUUCAACCCGUUGCCGUUCUCUGGAUGGCUCAAGUGGUUCCCAAUUUACACGGUCUUCGGAUAUUGCGACGGAUCUCACUUCUGGCCGUACUCUGCUCUGUUCGUCCGUGACUCUGAACGCGUCCAGUGUGUGAUUUCUGCCGUCUCCUGCUUCACCUGCGCCUACAUUGCUCUCGCCAUCGCUGGAUCCUACUCCAACUGGUUCUGGUACUAUUGGGUGCCACUCUCCUUUUUCGGAUGUAUGCUCGUCAUUGUCACCUACUUGCAGCAUGCCGAUGAAGUUGCAGAGGUGAUCAUCACUCAAAUUCGGUCCAGAACGUCUUGAGUUUUUUCCAGGUCUAUGAGGCUGACGAGUGGAGCUUCGUUCGCGGGCAGACUCAGACUAUCGACCGUUACUAUGGACUCGGAUUGGAUACGACCAUGCAUCACAUCACUGACGGACACGUUGCUCAUCACUUCUUCAACAAGAUCCCUCACUACCAUCUGAUCGAGGCUACCGACGGAAUCAAGAAGGUGUUGGAGCCAUACUUAGAGACCCAAUACGGCUACAAGUAUCAAGUGAACUACGACUUUUUCGUCCGUUUUCUGUGGUACAACAUCAAACUCGAUUACCUGGUGCACCGAACCAAGGGAAUAAUGCAGUUCCGAUCGACUCUCGAAGAGAAGAUGAAAGCCAAGUAA